AAGGAAUGUACCUACAGUAACACUUCAACAGGUACAGACAAGGAUCGCCAUUAAUAGGCUAUUCUGUCAAAAUCAAACGGACUAGAGGGUGUUGCUGCUGGUGUGGCUGCAGUGAUGAGCCUGUCAAAGCGCGUGUCAUUGUGGUCGGUGGAAGAAGUGCUGGAGUGGUUGCAGGACCACUACCCGGACUGCAUGGGCACGCUCCAGAAAGCCAUAAUCAAGCACGCUAUAUCAGGCCGUGCGUUGCUGAGAUUAAAGGAUCAUCACUUGGAGCUUCUCGGGGUGGAGGCUGAGGAGCAGCAGCAGGAAAUCUUGCAGGAUGUCCUCCUCCUCAAAGUUCAAGAAGAAAUCAAUGACCUCGAUGACAUCUGCUCUGAGUGUUUUUCUCCAUAACAGGAGACAAACGUCUUCAAGAGAAAUUCAGCUCACUUUUUUAUUUCCACCACUCAUCCAUCCAUGUGAGGCAGACAGAAGAGGGAGUGAUGGAAAUAACAAGAGAGGUGAAAAAGAAAGAGGAAUCAAUGAAGAAUGGAGAGAGAAAGAAACCCAUUUCCUGUGUUAAAUCUGACCUGUGCAGAUGGAUAAGAUUAGUUUUUGUCUGAGCGUAUUUUUCUGAUGCCCACUGUCCAUUAGUCUCUGUCCUCUGUUUUUCUCUGUAGUGGGUUUGCAUCCUGUCAGUUUAUCAAAAAAUACUUUUAGCUCUCUUCAGACUGAAAUAUCCCAAAAGCUACUGAAUAAAUUAUAAUGAAACUGUACAGUCGCUCAUGUUCCCCAGAGGAUCAGAACAAAUAAAACUAGGUAAAUAUUGCAAAAAAAGAAAAAUCUUUUAACCCAUGGGAUAAGUGGUAACGUUGAUAUGUCAAUAUAAAGUAAAUGCUACUAGGUGCAAAGGAAACACAUUGAGCGACUAAAUGAUGACCUACAGUCACCUAAACUUACCGUCUUUGCAUAGGCUGCUGCAAGCUCUCUUCAUCAUCUCUGGAUGGUUUUUUAGUGCUAUUGCACACGAGUCAUCUUGUUGUGCACUCUUCUGCAGUGGCAACUGACUUGAGAAUUGGCACCACCUACUGUUCAUUUUGAUUAAUCAACUCAAUAUUCGCCAAACAGCACUUGAAAGAAAAGCACAUAAAUUUGCAUUUUCUUUUGACAGUUUUCUGAAAAGUGGUUUACAUUUUUGCGCUACAUUUGGAUGAAAACCCCAACUACUGUAAGCAUGUUGUCAGGCUAGUGUUACUGUUAUGCUCAAAGCACCAAAGUACCAAAGUAAGUAAGACUGGUGCAUGCUGUGCACAUACAGACCAGCGCCAUUAAGAAGUGUCUCAGAAUUUGUGCUUUUACAUCUGAUACCAACCGUACUCAAGUACACAUGAACUGUACUUGAGACCACCUUUAAGAGUAGACUUGAACAUAGAUUUCAAAACUGCGCCUUGGUACUGUACACAGUAUUCACAUUUAUCAAAAAUACUGGACUUUGAGGUCAAGUGUACUUAAACUGAAGCCUGGAUCGUUGUUGUGAAAGUCUUCAUCUUUAAGAAAAACGGCUCAGUUCAGCUUUAAAAAAUUCUAAACAAAGCCUGAAAAUAACCCAAACAAGGUCAUAAAUGCACAGCAGUCGAUCAUGGUCUCACACUUGUCUAUUACAGAGUGCUCUACUGAGUGCUAAACAAGUGUAAUACAAGCCUGGAAAACGGAAAUUGUUAGGAGGUGCAGAAAGAGAGAAAAUUCAAAAGUGAGAGUUGCUGCUUCUCAUUCAAACGUUUUUAUCUAUCGAAUCCAAACAGUAAAACUUCCACCUGCUGUUUGCUUCUCUCUCUCACACACGCCGACUGAAAUUCAUUUUAAAAUCCAGAUGUUGGUUUGAAUCUCCUGUUUCUAUUUGAAAUGUCUGUGCUUGUAUUUUUGACUGAUAAAACCACAAGCAACAUUUCUCUCAAGUGAAUAAUGAUCAGAAAAUCCUCUCAACUUCUCAGAAUUUUCUGUUCUGUGUUAACAGAACCCGUUUUAACUGGCUGUAGCUGGUUCUUGCUAAGAAUUAUAACUUUAGGUCCUAAAACUUUCAGAUGCCUUUUUUUUAAUGUAAUGCCUUAUUUCCAUUAUUUAUAAUGUUGGCCUUCAUUUUAAUGUGUCGGCAUCAAUACCACUCCACAUUUGUAUUAUGUACAGGAAAUGGUCAUGUUUUUUCACAGCAAUGCUACAAUAUGGUUGAAUUAAAAGUGCUGCUACGGCAACAUAA